AUGCCUACAAAACCCUCCUCUGGUGAGUAUAUUGUUGCUGAUAAAUACAAAGUUAACUCAUGUAUUACUGGAAAAACUUUUAGUUCAAUGCAACUAGGAAUAUUUUGUUAUCUAUAUGAUCAAAAAAGAUUUUUAAGUAGUUAUCUGACAAGGAUAGACAAAGCUGGUGAUCGAAGACUUUGUGGUAGAGAAAAUAGAUAUAAAUAUAUGAAUAGUUUAGUUAAAGAAUAUGCUAAUGAUAACAGUACAAAAUAUUUUGAUGAAUGGAAAAAUAUUUUAGUUGUUCGUGAUCCUAUCUCUAGAUUUAUAAGUGGUUUUGUACAAUUAUGUGUUCUUAAUAUUGGCCUCCCACCAAAUCAUCCAUAUUGUUUUCAUUGUGGACGUGAUAUUGAAUGUUUCUUAUCUCAUCUUUUUUCAAAUAUUAAAAAAUUUAAAAAAAAUAAAGGUCAACCUGUAUAUUUUAUUAAAUAUCAUUUUUAUCCACAAACAUGGUAA